AUGGCUCGUCGUUGCGAUAGUAAUACUGCUCAGUACGAGAGGAACCGCAGUUUCGGACAUUUGGUUCAUGCACUCGGCCGAGCGGCCGGUGGUGCGAAGCUACCAUCCGCGGGAUUAUGCCUGAACGCCUCUAAGGCCGAAGCCAGCCUAGCCGAAUCCGGCAAGGAUAUGCUCACUGUGGAGCCCCGAGAGUCGGGAGGCUCUAAACAAUGUGACUUUACUAGUUGCGCUUUACUCGUAAGGUGCGACGUCGAAGCCCAUUUGGAACGCGGCGAUCGAUGCGAGCGGUCU